AUGGCUGAAUACAGGCUAUCCUACGAGUCCCAACUGGAUGUGUACCACCCCUCCUACCGCUACGAAGCCCACGACCCGCGCGAUUGGAAAUCCGCCGCUCUCCGCGGCCCAGCCCUUCCAGCCCUAGGAAAUGCGACCGCCGGUGCUGUCGGCGCAGCAAUCUCCAAUGUCGUCGUCUACCCUCUCAACGUCAUCGUCGCUCGUCUACAAACACAGAAGCAGAAAGCCAAAAACGCGAGCGAGAAAACAGGGGAUAAUGAAGACGAGGAAGAAGAACUGACAAGUGUACUGGAUGCUGCUCGCAAAAUCUACGCCCAGCAAGGCAUCAGUGGCUUCUACCCUGGCCUGGCCCAGGAUACCUGGAAGACUGUCGCAGACUCGUUCCUUUUCUUCCUUGCAUAUAGUGCGAUUCGACAGAGGCGACUAGCUGCGCGUAUCGGCGCUGAGCGGGCUGCCAAGAGCAAGAACGCGGUGCUUCCGAUAUUUGACGAACUGGCCGUUGGUAUACUGGCUGGCUCCUUUGCCAAGCUAUUCACCACGCCACUGUCGAAUAUCGUGGCGCGCAAGCAGACAUCUACAGCACGAAAGGGCGGUGCUUCAGUAAAUCUGUCUACUAGUGACAUCGCUGCUCGCAUUCGCGCCGAGAAGGGCAUUUUGGGCUUUUGGUCCGGAUACUCUGCCACUCUCAUACUUACCUUGAACCCAUCUCUCACAUUCUUCCUCAACGAGUUUCUCAAACGAACCCUGCUACCCCGUUCAAAACGCGAGAGACCUCCGCCAGCCUUGACUUUCCUCUUGGCCGCAUUGAGCAAAGUCGCUGCCUCCUCAAUCACAUACCCCUUCUCACUUGCAAAGACGCGAGCUCAAGUAACGAGUGCAGACUCUAAAUCAGGGGCUCCAAAUACAAAGGCCAAGAACUCCCUCCUUGCAUCCCUCACUCCGCAAAUACUCUCCACAGUCGCCACCAUCGCCCGUGAGGAUGGUAUUACCGGACUUUACUCCGGUCUUCAAGGUGAAGUCCUUAAGGGCUUCUUUUCACACGGCUUUACAAUGCUUGCCAAAGACGCCGUAUACGCAACGAUUAUUAAGGGUUACUACCUCCUCCUAUUGCUGAGUCGUCGCUAUCCGUCGCCCGAGGAACUUAUGCAACGUGCCCGCGAACAGGCGGAGGAAUAUACAGAGAUGGCCCGUGAAGGUGCGCGUGAUUUUGCAGAGAGGACAAGAGAGGGCACCGAGGAGCUUCUCAAGGCCAACUCUGGGAAUCUCGCUGUUGAUAUGACAUCGAACUCAGCGCGUGCUGCUAAUGCUACCGGGGCUACGGAUCAUGGCAUUGACGCGUCGUCGGGUCUGAAGAUACCGUCAAUUCCCGAUGAGAUCAACGAGACGGCUGAGCUUGUUGGUGAUUACGUUGAGGAUGAAGCGGUUGAAUGGAAGAGCUUGUAUCAUUGGUUCUGGGAGAAGGGGCGUGGACCCCACCGCGAUUAA